GGCGGUAGGAGGACCUGUGGCGGUCCUGCUUCGGCAGUCUCUGCGGCCCGGUUUCCCUUGGCGUGCGACUGUGCGCUCAAUCCAGCACCAUGGGGAAGCGGGACAAUCGGGUGGCCUAUAUGAACCCAAUAGCAAUGGCGAGAUCAAGAGGUCCAGUCCAGUCUUCAGGGCCAACAAUACAAGAUUAUCUGAAUCGACCAAGGCCUACCUGGGAAGAAGUAAAAGAGCAACUAGAAAAGAAAAAGAAAGGCUCCAAGGCUUUGGCUGAAUUUGAAGAAAAAAUGAAUGAGAACUGGAAGAAAGAACUGGAAAAACACAGGGAGAAAUUAUUAAGUGGAAGUGAGAGCUCAUCCAAAAAAAGACAGAGAAAGAAAAAAGAAAAGAAGAAAUCUGGUAGGUAUUCAUCUUCUUCUUCAUCAAGCUCUGAUUCUUCCAGCAGUUCUUCUGAUUCCGAAGAUGAGGAUAAGAAACAAGGAAAACGGAGAAAGAAAAAGAAGAACCGUUCACAUAAAUCUUCUGAAAGCUCCAUGUCAGAAACUGAAUCAGACAGUAAGGAUAGUUUAAAAAAGAAAAAGAAGUCAAAAGAUGGAACUGAGAAAGAAAAGGAUAUUAAAGGACUCAGUAAAAAGAGAAAGAUGUAUUCUGAAGAUAAACCUUUAUCAUCUGAGUCCUUGUCAGAAUCAGAGUAUAUUGAGGAGGUGCGAGCAAAAAAGAAGAAAAGCAGUGAAGAACGAGAAAAAGCAACAGAAAAAACGAAAAAGAAAAAGAAGCAUAAGAAACACAGUAAGAAGAAAAAGAAGGCUGCUAGUUCAAGUCCUGACUCACCAUAACAUUAAAAAAAAUCAGGAUUCCCUUCUAAAGAAAGUGCAAUGUCUGAGGAAAUUUCAACUGUGAAAACUACAACAUAUUUACUAAAAUGCAUGAAUUUUCUUGUUUUUAGAAUUAUUCCUGGACUAUUCAGUAGCCACUCAGAUGCCACUGUGUGAAAGGGCCAUAAAUGUUGCCUGCUGCUUGAACAUCUUUUUUUUUUUUUCUUCCAGUGCUUGAUAACUCUGGGAGAUAAGACACUGCAGUCAUACUAGUGGUUAAGAUAUUUGGGAAUAAAAUUAAUACUUUUGACUAGAAGUGUCUAAGGAUAAACCAACAGAAAUUGAAUCUGGAUGUAUCUUUAAGAUGUAAUCAAAAAUGACCAGAUGACUCUAGUUAAAAUUUUUGAAGGAGGGAUUACAUUAAUAUUUUAAAACCCGG